UGGGGCAGUGAGGAUGACAGAGCUUUGAACUUUUUCCCCUCUCUCUCUCAUUUUAAUACCUCUUUGCGACCAUGUUGCGGGUUGUAGUAGAGUCUGCUAAGGGUCUCCCUAAGAAGAAACUUGGAACUCCCGAUCCAAUUGCCUCUGUGAUUUUUAAAGAUGAGAAGAAGAAAACCAAAUUUGUGAACAAUGAGGUGAAUCCUGUGUGGAAUGAGGUGCUUGAGUUUGAUCUAAAAGGAACUCCACUGGACUCCAGCUCGUUCCUAGACGUGGUUGUGAAAGACUAUGAGACAAUUGGGAAAGAUAUAUUUCUUGGGUCAACUAAAAUCCCUUUGCGAGAUCUUGCAUCGGGUAAAGCAAGGUCACUGCCGUUUAAAAAUGUUUCUUUGGCCAGUGAAAAUGGGCAGAAUAUUGGGGCUACAAUCGACCUUGUGGUUGCCUAUGACUCUCCUGCCAAUGCUGCACCAAACCCCAGUGACCCUCAAAGUGGAGAUGCAAAAGUGGAUGCUGGAGGUGGUGGUGAAGAAGGUGGUGAGACUGUAGUAGAUGGAGACCAAAGUGGCCCUGGAGGUGUCUCCUUAUCUCCUGCUGAGCGUGGUGAUCUUCGCCAGAAGUUGGCCAGGUCACAGAAUCGCCGUCGACUUGUAAAUAAACCUCAAGACUUUCAGAUCCGUGUUCGGAUCAUUGAAGCCCGCCAGUUAUCUGGCAACAACAUCAAACCAGUGGUGAAGGUUCACGUGUGUGGACAAACUCACAGGACGAGGCUCAAGAGGGGAAAUAAUCCCUUCUUUGAUGAGAUUUUCUUCUUCAAUGCUCACAUGCUACCAUCAGACCUGUUUGAGCAGAACAUCAGCUUCCGGGUGUAUAAUUCUUAUUCACUGAGGGCUGACAGUCUUAUGGGAGAAUUCAAGUUGGACGUUGGUUAUGUUUAUGAUGAACCAGCCCACUGUGUCUUGAGAAAGUGGCUCCUGUUGAAUGACCCAGAUGACACCAGCUCUGGAGCUAAAGGCUACCUGAAAGUUAGCCUCUUCGUAGUUGGGGUUGGAGAUGAGCCUCCGGUAGAGAAGAGUGAGUCUAAUGACGACCAGGAUGACAUAGAGAGUAACCUGCUGCUGCCUGCUGGUGUGACUCUACGAUGGGCCACCUUGUCACUGAAGGUGUUCAGAGCUGAAGACAUUCCCCAAAUGGAUGAUGCUUUUGUUCAAACAAUAAAAGGAAUUUUUGGAGGAGAUGACAGCAAGAAGAAUCUGGUGGAUCCCUUUCUGGAGGCUCGCUUUGCUGGCAAAAAGUUGUGUACUAAGAUCAUUGAGAAAAAUGCAAACCCAGAAUGGAACCAAGUACUGAACCUUCAAGUCAAGUUUCCAUCCAUGUGUGAGCGUGUUAAACUGGUGGUCUUUGACUGGGAUCGCUUGACAGGAAAUGAUGCUGUUGGCACAACAUACCUGAACCUGGCCAAGAUAGCCUCCUCUGGUGGAGAAAUAGAAGAGGAACAUGCAAGAAAUGGGGAAAUUCCAUCAUAUGAAGGUAACACAGGGGAAUCUGAGGUGGGUUUCCUGCCUGUGUUUGGGCCCUGUUAUAUCAACCUGUAUGGGAGUCCCAGAGAAUUCACUGGCUUGCCGGAUCCCUAUGAGGAUCUCAAUUUUGGCGAGGGAGAAGGAGUUGCCUACCGGGGCAGGAUUCUGGUGGAACUAUCCACAAAGCUUGAGGGGAAAGCAGACAAAGCAGUAGAUGAUAUCCAUAGUGACGACAUCUUGGUGGUACAGAAGUACCAAAGGAGAAGAAAAUAUUGUCUAUGUGCAGUCUUCCACAGCGCCUCCAUGAUUCAGGAACCCGGUGAGCCAGUCCAGUUUGAGGUCAGCAUCGGUAACUAUGGCAACAAAUUGGACACUACCUGCAAACCACUGGCUUCCACCACUCAGUACAACUGUGCUAUUUUUGAUGGUAACCAUUACUACUACCUGCCAUGGGCAAACACAAAGCCAGUGGUUGCGAUUACAUCAUUCUGGGAGGACAUAAGCCACCGCCUGGACUCUGUCAACAUUAUCCUCUACAUUACUUACCGCCUGCAAUCCAACCUGGAGGCGUUUAAAAUGGCGAUGUUGGCUAAAGUUACUGACAACCAGCUAGUUGAGGUGUGGCUGAAGCUGCUUGAUGAGCUGAUCACCGACCUGGAGAGUUUCCAAACACCUAAACUGGAAGGCUGCUCUAACCUGACAUCCCUGGAUCUUCAAAUCAAGAAGCUGCGGGACAAUGCUUUGGCCAACAUCAAGGAAGCAGCCAGACGCAUGAAAGUGGAGGCCACAGAGAUCCGUGAUACUCUGUCUGAAUUAGAGGCCUGGGUGGACAAACUCAAACAGCUGGCUGAGGAGCCCCAGAACAGCAUGCCUGACGUGAUCAUCUGGAUGUUGCGUGGUGAAAAGAGGGUAGCAUACAGCCGCAUUCCAGCUCAUCAAAUCCUGUAUUCAACACACAGCGAGCAGGCCUGUGGACAACACUGUGGCAAGACUCAGACCAUCUUUUUACAGUAUCCCAUGGACAAGUCCAAGGGUCUGAAGGUUCCAGUUCAGGUUAGAGUCAACAUGUGGCUGGGUCUGUCUGCAGAGGAGAAAAAGUUCAACUCAUUCUCUGAGGGAACGUUCAGUGUGUUUGCUGAGCUGUAUGAAAACCAGGCCCAAGUCUUUGGGAAGUGGGGGACCACAGGACUGGUGGGACGCCAUAAAUUUUCAGAUGUAACGGGACAACUGAAGCUGAAACAAGAGUAUUUCAUUCCACCUAGAGGAUGGGAGUGGGAGUCAGAUUGGUUCAUUGAUCCUGAAAAAGCUUUGCUAACAGAGGCAGAUGCAGGACACACUGAAUUCAUGGAUGAGGUUUUCCAAAACGAGACCCGCUUCCCUGGCGGAGAGUGGAAGGCUGCCUCCGAGCCAUACACAGAUGUGAACGGGGAGAAGAGUCGCAACCCUACAGAGUUUGACUGUCCUUCUGGUUGGACAUGGGAGGACAGCUGGUCUGUGGAUGACAACAGAGCUGUGGAUGAUCAAGGCUGGGAGUAUGGAGUGACUAUUCCUCCAGAUGACAAGCCUCAGUCCUGGGUCCCUGCAGAGAAGGUGUACCACAUCCACCGCAGAAGAAGGCUGGUUCGGCCUCGCAAAAGAGCAACACUCCCUCCAGGAGCAACAGUGGAGAAGCAAAAUAAAGGUAACCCUGAGGGCUGGGAAUUCUCCUCUCUGAUUGGCUGGAAAUUCCACAGAGAGGAGCGUUCAUCGGAUACAAUUCGUCGAAGGCGUUGGAGGAGAAAAAUGGCACCUGAAGGUCGCCUUGGACCAUGUGCCAUCUUUAAGCUGGAGGGGGCUUUGGGAGUUGAUACAGAGGAUAAAGAGAAAGGCUCCAAACCUGAUGCCACCAAAGUGUUUGGUGCUAACACGCCCACUGUGUCCUGCUCAUUUGACAAGUCAUACGUGUACCAUCUCCGUGUCUAUGUCUAUCAAGCAAGGAACCUGACAGCUUUGGACAAUGACAGUUUUUCUGAUCCGUAUGCACACGUCUCCUUCCUGCAUGUUAGUAAGACAACAGAAAAACUCAAAGCAACUCUGAACCCGACCUGGGACCAAACUCUGAUUUUCAACAACAUUGAGAUUUAUGGAGACCCCCAGAAGAUUGCUUCCCGUCCGCCUGAUGUUGUGCUGGAGUUCUACGACAGUGACCAAGUGGGGAAGGAUGAACAACUUGGUCGCAGUGUUUGCACGCCCAUGGUGAAGCUGAACUCUGACAUGGCUCAAACACCCAGGCUGCUGUGGCAUCCCAUCAUCCAGAGGGGGCAGAAAGCAGGGGAGGCACUUGUGGCUGCUGAACUAAUUCUUAAAAACAAGUCAGGUGACACAGAUCUUCCUUUGGUUCCUCCGAAAAGAGCCGAGAACCUCUAUAUGGUUCCUCAGGGCAUCCGGCCUGUGGUGCAGCUCACUGCUGUGGAGAUUCUUGCAUGGGGUCUAAGAAACAUGAAGACAUAUCAGCUGGCUUCAGUGACUUCACCUAGCCUUGUGGUGGAGUGUGGGGGGCAGAGGGUGGAGUCAGCUGUCAUCAAGAACAUGAAGAAGAGCCCUAACUUCCCCAGCUCGGUCCUCUUCAUCAAAGUGCUCCUCCCAAAGGAUGAGAUGUACACACCUCCCAUUGUGCUGAAGGUGAUUGACCACCGUCCGUUUGGCAGGAAGCCUGUGGUGGGUCAGUGCACCAUCACAUCUCUGGAGGAGUUCAGAUGUGACCCGUAUGUCGUUGUUUCAGAAGGAGCCAGGGCCUCUAAAAUGGCUCUGAUGAUGUCUGCACCUCGGAAAGAUGUCUCUAUUACCAUGGAAGAAACAAGACCACUACUUGAAGCGCAGCAUACAGAGAAGGAAAAGGAGACAGUUGAUUGGUGGAGUAAAUUCUACGCUUCAGUUGGAGACGUGGAGAAAUGUGGCCCUUACCUCAAGAAUGGAUAUGACACCCUCAAAGUGUAUGACAGUGAACUGGAGAACAUCUCAGAAUUCAAAGGUUUGACUGAUUUCUGCAACACCUUCAAGCUCCAGCGUGGCAAGAAUGAAAAUGGGGAUGAUGAUCCCACUGUGGUUGGAGAGUUCAAGGGUGCAUUCAAGGUGUACCCCCUGUCAGAUGAUCCAGGUGUUGCUACUCCACCUCGCCAAUUCAGAGAGCUGCCAGAAAGUGGACCUCAGGAGUGUCUAGUCAGGAUUUACGUGGUUCGAGGAAUAGACCUGCAGCCUAAAGACAAUAACGGCAGGUGUGAUCCAUACAUAAAGAUAUCAGUGGGAAGAAAUACAAUUGAAGACAGAGACAAUUACUUACCCAACACUUUAAACCCUGUGUUUGGAAGGAUGUUUGAGAUGACCUGUUUCCUGCCCCAAGACAAGGACCUGAAAAUCGCAGUUUAUGACUACGAUAUGCUGACUCGUGACGAGAAGGUCGGCGAGACAGUGAUUGAUCUAGAGAACCGCUUCCUGUCUCGAUAUAACUCAUACUGUGGCCUUCCACAAACCUAUUGCAUCUCUGGUAUCAACCAGUGGAGGGAUCAGCUGAAGCCAUCUCAGAUCCUAGAGAACCUGGCUCGUCAGAAAGGAUUGUCCAAACCCAGGACCGAAGACAAUGGCACCUCACUCAGCUUUAAUGGAAAGGAUCACACACUGGCUCAGUUUGAGGACAACAAGGAGAUUCAUCAGCACUUGGGUCCAGCCCAUGAACGCCUCUGUCUGCAUGUGCUUAGAACACAUAAACUUGUUCCUGAGCAUGUGGAGACCAGGACCCUUUACAGCAGCUUCCAGCCGAACCUCUCUCAGGGAAGGCUUCAAAUGUGGGUGGAUGUUUUCCCUAAAAGCAUUGGACUUCCUGGACCUCCCUUUGAUAUCACACCACGCAAGCCUAAGAAGUAUUUCCUGCGUGCUGUCAUCUGGAACACUUCAGAUGUGACUUUGGAUGAGACCAGCAUCACUGGAGAAAACAUGAGUGACAUCUAUGUCAAAGGCUGGAUGCCAGGCAUGGAAGAGGACAAGCAGAAGACUGAUGUCCACUACAGGUCUCUGGAUGGAGAGGGCAACUUUAACUGGCGGUUUGUCUUUGGCUUUGACUUCUUGCCAGCUGAACAACUCUGCCUCGUAUCCAAGAAGGAACACUUUUGGAGUCUUGACAACACAGAAUUUAGGAUUCCCCCUAAGAUGAUUGUUCAGAUAUGGGAUAAUGACAAGUUCUCAUUGGAUGACUACCUAGGAACUGUGGAGCUGGAUUUGUGCAAGCUGGUUGCACCUGCAAAGACUCCAGAGAAGUGCUCUCUGGAGAUGAUGGAACUGGAAGGACCCCACAAGCUGCAGAACACCAAGUCUUUGUUUGCCCAGCAGUCAGUCAGAGGCUGGUGGCCUUGUCAUAUAGAAGAGGGUGGAAAGAAGGUCCUUGGAGGCAAAGUGGAGAUGACACUGGAGAUCAUAAGUGAAGCAGAUGCAGAUGAGAGACCUGCAGGAAAAGGAAGAGAUGAACCCAACAUGAACCCAAAACUGAACCCACCCAACCGCCCAGAAACAUCUUUCUUUUGGUUCACCAAUCCGUGCAAGACCAUGAAAUUCAUUGUGUGGAGAAGGUUCAGAUGUCUCUUUAUUGGACUCAUCAUCCUCAUCAUUGUGGUUCUCUUCAUCGCCAUCCUGUUGUACUCUUUACCGAACUACAUUUCAAUGAAGAUUGUGAAGCCGUUACAGUAACUCUGCCAUGGAGGAUCGGUUCAACCAACGUGUAAGAUCAUAAUUAGUCCAACUGGACACAUGGAAUCAGAUUUUAAUGUUUUUUGUUGUGUUUUAUCAGUGGGAAGGGGUGCUUGCACAUUUGCACUAUAUCAGCAUAGGAACACUUUUUUACAUGUCACUGUGACAAACUGAUCAUUUCAUAAACUCCUGAAUAUCUGAGAUUUAUUUCCAAAACACUGCUUUUUAUAAAAAUCUACACAAUCUAAUUUAAAAUUGUCUUGUAAUCAUUUUUUUUCUUUUUGUUUUUGUUACUGUGUGGAAAAAAGUGCUGAUCCAGCUUUCUGUGGACAGCAGUAAUGGUUUAAUUAAGGUGUUUUUAUUAAGUGAAUUUAUUGCAAAAUAGUUUAACACUUAAUUAUUUCUCAAUGUAUUUGUGCCAAAUGAAACAUGAGGAAAAAAUUUUUUUGACAUGUUUUGUAUAUCACAUUGUCAAAUAUUUUGAAAUAAACAUGACACACUACAGGA